CCUUUCAUCCUACAAAAAUGCAAACUCUUCUCUCAACCCGCCAUUACAGUAACCUCCAACUCAUUCUCAACACACGUUCCAUCCAAUGUCUUCUUUUACUGUUCGUUUUCUGGCCCCUCCAUGCUGCCCCAGCUCUCGCUCCAAGACAUUGCUCUGUGCCACGCCGACGGUGGCUCCGGCUGCCCCAGAUGCGGUGGAGGCGUCCAGGUUGGAGCCUAGAGUGGAGGAGAGAGAUGGGUACUGGGUUUUGAAGGAACAGUACAGGGGAGGAAUCAGCCCUCAAGAAAAGGUGAAGCUUGAGAAAGACCCCAUGAAGCUUUUCAUGGAAGGUGGGAUUGAGGAUCUGGCUAAGAUUUCCCUUGAGGAAAUUGAGAGCUCCAAGCACACUAAGGAUGAUAUUGAUGUUAGACUCAAGUGGCUUGGACUUUUUCAUAGGAGAAAGCAUCACUAUGGUAGAUUUAUGAUGAGGCUGAAGCUUCCAAAUGGGGUGACAACUAGUGCUCAGACUCGAUAUUUGGCGAGUGUUAUCAGGAAGUACGGAAAAGAUGGGUGUGCUGAUGUAACAACGAGGCAGAAUUGGCAAAUUAGAGGUGUGGUGCUACCUGAUGUGCCAGAAAUUCUUAAGGGACUAGCAGAGGUUGGUUUGACGAGUCUGCAGAGUGGCAUGGACAAUGUGAGAAACCCUGUGGGUAACCCUCUUGCAGGCAUUGACCCUGAUGAGAUUGUUGACACUAGACCUUACAACAACUUGUUAUCUCAAUUCAUCACUGCCAAUUCACUCGGAAACCCAGCCAUGUCAAACUUGCCUAGGAAGUGGAAUGUGUGUGUGGUGGGAUCCCACGAUCUGUUUGAGCAUCCCCACAUCAAUGAUCUGGCUUACAUGCCGGCUAAUAAUAAGGAUGGUCGUUUUGGAUUCAACUUACUGGUUGGUGGUUUCUUCAGUGCCAAGAGAUGUGCUGAAGCAAUUCCACUCGAUGCGUGGGUCUCUGCAGAUGAUGUAAUCCCAGUUUGUAAAGCUGUACUUGAGACAUAUAGGGACCUUGGCUUCAGAGGGAACAGGCAGAAAACAAGAAUGAUGUGGUUGAUUGACGAACUCGGGAUAGAAGUAUUCAGGUCAGAGGUAGAGAAAAGAAUGGCAGGGAAGCAGCUGGAGAGAGCACAGGAAGAUCUGGUUAAGAAACAAUGGGAAAGAAGAGACUACUUAGGUGUUCAUCCACAGAAACAGGAGGGCAUAAGCUAUGUUGGUAUUCACAUUCCAGUUGGGAGAGUCCAAGCAGAUGAGAUGGAUGAGUUGGCCCGUUUGGCAGAUGAAUAUGGAACUGGUGAGCUCAGACUCACAGUGGAGCAAAACAUAAUAAUCCCAAAUGUGGACAACUCAAAACUUGAGGCUUUGCUCAAAGAGCCUCUCUUGAAAGACAGGUUUUCACCUGAACCUUCUCUCCUAAUGAAAACACUGGUGGCAUGCACUGGUAACCAGUUCUGUGGGCAAGCUAUUAUUGAGACAAAAGCCAGGGCAUUGAAAGUCACUGAGGAAGUGGAGAGGCAAGUGGCUGUGACUAGGCCAGUGAGAAUGCAUUGGACUGGGUGCCCCAACACCUGUGGGCAGGUGCAAGUUGCAGAUAUUGGUUUCAUGGGGUGCAUGGCUAGGGAUGAGAAUGGUAAAGCCACUGAAGGUGUGGAUAUUUUCCUGGGUGGGAGAAUUGGAAGUGAUUCACAUUUAGCAGAGUUGUAUAACAAGGGUGUGCCUUGCAAGAAUUUGGUGCCUGUUGUUGUAGACAUACUGGUAAAACACUUCGGAGCUGUCCAAAGGAAUAGAGAGGAAGAGGAAGAUUAAGUUUUAAUGGUUAUUGGUAAUUUUAGUCUCUUAACUAAAUCUGGUAUUGUUGUCUCUGGACAAAGUCAUUAAUUCCCUCUACAUAGAAGAGAAAAGGAUGAUUACGAGAGAUGCAAUACAAGGAUGUUCCAUGUAUUAUAUGAUAUGCAAGUACACUUUUAAUAAGACAUGCUCAUUCUUUGCUA